UCAUUGAAACAUGAAUGGAAGUGAUCACCCUUCUGCUCAUUUCAUUGUCAAUGAAUAUUUGGAAGUUAAUAACAAUUUGAGUCCAUAGAGCGAUUUUAGCAAAAUAAUUUGGGAAAUAGCUUUGCUGUGUACGCGUAACAUUACAGGUUAUACUGGGAGGUUUUCGUUUGUCUGCCUGGGAGAAAAUUAUAAAUGAUUGCAACUUAUUUAGUCUACGGUAGAUACCAGUCUUUUUAUUGCCUUUCGGGAUGCCCACUACCUAGCAGGAAACGUCGGGUAUCUCUAAAUUGUACUCCAGUAGCAUAUGUAUGGGUUUAAGCAAACUAUGUAACUACUUACUGUACGUAAUAAUUGAACGACGAAUUCACUCCAAAACGUUUUGCAAAGUAAUGCAUCGUCGUCAUAACGACAUUGGAAAUGCGCUGGUUCACUAAAUGAAGUUUUCUCAAAAGUAUUUUCGCAAUAGUAUUUUACUAUUAAAUUUCGUUAAGUUUAAUUAAUUGUUAAGUGACAACAAAAAUGGAUAUACCACCUCCUGUCCCCAACAAUGAGAUAGAAAUGGUUGACACAGGAAAGGGACCUUGGUUUCCAAUGAAUAUGGAACCGGCUCAACAAAGAAAGGUUCGCAAUCUAGUGCUUGCAGCAAAAAAUGGCGACACGGAACAAGUCAAAGAGAUUUUAAAAACCGGAGAAGUUCAGAUCAAUAGUAAAUAUAAAUGGGAAACUCCGUUAAUGGUCGCGGCAAGAUCAAAUAACAUGAAUCUUUGUCAGCUAUUACUUAAUCAUGGCGCUGACUGUAAUGUCAGCAGAGUUAUGCAGCAAACACCACUUUGGAUAGCUGCAUCAUAUGGAAAUCUGGAAGUUAUGAAGCUUAUGUUAGAUACAAAAGGCUGUUCACAAGCUAAUAUGAAUAAUUCACUGCGACUUUGUGCCAUCAUGAAUUUCCUGCAUGGAUGUGAAGCAAUGCUUAUAUCCGGUGCUGACAUUAAUGCUCCAGAUUCUACAGGGUGCACUCCACUACACUAUGCUGCUGGAUCUCAUAAAGAAGAAUGCCACGAGUCCAAAUAUUGGAAAAUAUGUAAUCCGGAUAGUUGGAUGCAUUAUCAUGGUACUCCAUUUGAAACGGCUGAAUUAUUAGCCAUGUGGAAUGCCAAUGUACAUACUCUAGAUUCGACACAGUCUACACCUCUGCAUUAUGCAUGCAAAACAGGAAAUCAAGACAUCGUUAAACUUCUCAUAGAAAACGAAGCUGACGUAAAUGCUAUCAGUGGGAAUGAGCAAAAAACUCCGCUUCAUAUUGCUGUGAACAAUAAUUCUGCUUAUUUAGUAGAAAUAUUGCUUAAACACCCAGAGAUCAAAGCAAAUAUAGUUGAUGCCGAAAAAGACACCGCGCUAUUGACUGCGAUUCAAUUGCACAAUAAGUAUUUAUUGUUACAGGAAUGUGUGCGGUUAUUUCUUGCACAUGAAAAAUGGGCAGAAUAUAUGUCAGUUGCAAAGGAUGUGGAUGGUAGCAAAGAAAUAGAAACACCAAUGAGACAAUUAAUACGUUUGAUGCCAGAUAUUGCCGCUCUUGUGAUGGACAAAUGUAUCGAACUUAGCUGCUAUAAAGAUCCAAAACACCCAGAAUUUAUGGCGCGAUUUAACUUCGCUUUCCUUGAUGACACAUAUACAAGUAAAUACUGGAUGGUACAUAGAGGCUGGAAUGAUAUUAAUAACUGUAUAGAAGGAUAUGAAAAUUGUUCUGAGACAACACCAGUAUCCACGCUUAAUAACAAAAAGAAUGAUCGCACCGAUGGUUUGUUUAAUAUUGGAAAGAGGAUAACAGAAACAGAUGGACCAACAACGCACUUUUCAGAUGCCGAAGCCUGGAAUCUCAGUGAUAAAGAGCACACUAAUAAAGUCACUCCGGACUGUGAUGAAAGAAGUUUUAUUUGUAAUAAUACUGUAAUGAAGUGUAAGUUGACAAGUCAUGCAAAGCCUUACACUGAGAAGAGACAAGUAGUGAGAGACAAUCAUCCCUUAACUAUUGCGUGUCAUGAAAAAUGCAACCUGGUUCUUGGUCACCCUCUAGCAAUUGCUCUCAUAAAUCACAAAUGGCAGAGUAUAGGAAGUUACUACUUCUAUGGAGGGCUGUUUAUUUAUGUGGCGUAUGUCGCAAUGCUCACAUUCUAUGUGAAAAUGACGAAUACUCAUCAUUUCACGAACGAAACCAUUAAUACUACUGAUGCCGAAGUUAGAAAUGGUACUAGCGAUGUUUCUGUUGGAGUUGUAUCUAUAAUUCUUCUUGUAAUCUCUUUUAUUAGCAUUGUAAAAGAUCUGGUUUCAAUAGUUGUUGAAUUUCCUUCCUAUUUAUUUACAUUUGGACACUGGUUGAAAAUGUUAGUUUAUAUCUGCACCUGUAUACUUGUAUUGGAUGAUGGCUUCUUAUCGCAUGAGUUGAAGGAUUACCCACUGGCAGCGAUCUGCGUCUUUACAGCGUGGUUUAACAUUCUUCUGACGAUGAGACAGCUACCAGUUAUUGGAAUAUUUUUCAUCAUGUUUACAAGAAUCCUGAAAAAUUCUUUUAUUGUCAUAUUUAUUUUCUUCCCAAUUAUUAUAGGAUUCGCAGUGACAUUUAGUAUUCUACUGGAUUUCAUGCCACUGUUCAAAGGAGAAAUGUCCAUUGCAACUGUUUUGGUAAUGAUGUCUGGAGAGGUUGAAUAUGUGGAUACACUGACAUCAAACAAUGCUCUAAAUCCUAAUAUCCGACACGCAGGAAUUACUCUGACAACGUAUGUUUUUUUCAUUGUGAUUGUUGUGAUCUGCCUUCUAAAUCUUCUGGUGGGUCUGGCUGUAUCAGACGUUGAUACGUUACACAAAGAAUCAGAAGCAGAGAUGAUGUCCUUAAAGGCAGGUAACGUCAUUUCUGGAGAGUAUUACUUUUCACUACUACCCGGGAGAAUUAGAAAAAGCGCAGCUUGUGGGUGCUUAAAGUAUCAGCCGAAUAAAAUCACUUCAUGCUGCAGUGCUGGUCUAACAAAGAUGCGCGUUAAAAAGAGAAUUUGGGCGUGGUUUAGUGUGUUUGAAUUUAAUGACUAUCGACUUGGAGCAACUAAUUUAAUGAAGACACUUAAAAAAGAACAAUCAACAUAUGACAUGCUACGUAGAGAACUUUCAAACUUCCAAAAUCAACUGCAUGCGAAUGUAUUCACUCCUCAUGUUGAUAGUAUUGGAAUCGAAAGAAAAAGUCAAAGCAAAAGAUUUGUAGUUCCAGGGGCUCGAAUGUUAAAGAGGCAAAAUCUGCAAUAAGAUGUAGUUUAAAAUACUGGGAACUGAAUUUUUUUGCUGAAUCAAUAUAUUUUCUGGUUCUAGAAAAAUUCGCCGCAGGAAAUUUCGCCGCAAGAGCAUUUUCCUGUAAACACAAGUAUUUGUGAUAAAAACAGUUAGGUUUUUGAAGUACCUUUUUAUUUAUAAAAGAUUCGUUAUUCAAGAACAUACCCUAAUCCUAACCUUAUAAGCCAGACUGUUUUUAUCACAAAUAUAUACUUGUUUUACAGCAAAAUGCUCUUGCGGCGAUUUUUCAUGCAGAGAAUUUUCCUAUGCGGUGAAAUUUUCUUCGGCGAGAUUUCCUACGGCUAAUUUUCCGGACACGAUAUUUCUCAUUAACUUCUCUCUAAAUAGAGUAUUAUUUUUCUUUAUGCUAAAAUAUACAUGUUUCAACUGGCAUUGCAUAUAAUGAUGUACCGGUAUAUAUAUAUAUAUAUAUAUAUUAUGUAUGUAUAUUUUAUUAUGUAUAUAUCAUAAAUUUGCUUUCUGUCUUAAUACAAUACUACGUAUUAACGUUUAAAAAUAAAAUAAGAAUACUAAUCUCAUCAUAUCUGUAAUAAUUUUAUAUAUUUAUUCAUAAUUAUUUUUAAUAAGUAGCCAUAUUCGUGGAAAUUAACUCGGUCUUACUGCUGAAGCAUUAAAAAUGCUAUGCCCCGCGGGCUCUCUCUGUUAUUCAAUACUCAAUAUUCGAAAAUUUCACCAGAUGUCUAAAUUUGUCUAGAGUUUUUGAUAUUAAAUUAUAAUCUUUCAAAUACAAAUAUUACACGUUGACACUUUUUUUUUUACUUUUGUGAUGUGUUUAGAGUUUAACUCUGUCAAAACUUUUAACGCCGUGAUUGCUUUUCGAAAUUGCUAUCUGUAUUAACCCUGACUAUUGUAACAACAUUUUCUACCUUUACAUCAUCAGAAAAAUUUGCUUGAAUGGGAAAGUAUAGUUAGAUAUAAAUGCAUUCAUUGUGAACUAUUCUUUGAUUUGUUGCGAUUAAAAAAGACGGGUCACUUAAAUUGUAUAUAUAUAUAUAACGUUAUACAGGCAGAUGCAAUUUAAUAAAAGCAUUCUCGUGCUAGGACACGGAAAUACUUGUUACUUUAUA